AUGGUUCUCAGCGGACAUCUCAGUUCACCAAACCAUCAUCCUAACCACCUGAAAAGAAACAGAAUCUUUGAUGAUGGAUCAAACGACCUUUUAUCGAUCCCUGCAGAUUUCCCUGAAGAACUCAUCAUGGAUAUCCUUUCAAGACUACCAGCCAAAUCCGUGGGGAAAUUCAAGUGUGUCUCAAAAUCAUGGCUUUCUUUAAUCUCAACCCAAGGAUUCAUCAAAGCCCAUCUCGCCAUUGCAUCUGGAAGGGAUGAUUAUCAACAACAUUGUCUCAUCUUUGAUGUGUAUCCCCAAAACUUUAAUGGCCGAACUUUUCUAGUGGACAACUUUCAGGCAAAGUCCCCUGAAACUGAAACCAAAACCAAAACCGACGUCCCCAAGGUAUCUGAAAUUGAUUAUCUAGUGAGGAACAAGUCAGUUUGGCCAAUUGGUUCUAGCAAUGGGCUGGUUUGCAUGAGGAGUAACAUUAGUGUUUUGUUUCUGUGUAACCCUACUACUAAAGAAUUUAACAGAUUGCCCAAGACAUGUAUGGAACGGAGAGAUCGCAAACUGGAUUUUGGGUUUGGCUAUGAUAGGUUGAAUGAUGAUUAUAAAAUUGUUGCGUUGAUCCCAACUUCAGUCGACUCUAGCAUUGAAGUCAAAGUGUAUAGCUUAAAGAAGAAUCUGUGGCGCGGGGUUGAGGAGGAUCGUAAGAUUAGGGUUAGGGUGAGUCAGUUUGCUGAUUAUUUCCAAAACACGGGAGGAAAGCUCCAUUGGCGGGUACUUAUCGAUGGUGUUCCUUAUCUGAAAAUUGCUAGCUUUGAUUUGGCCGAUGAAACUUAUGUCGAAAUAGACUGCCCAAAAAACAAAGAAGGCAAACAUCCUUAUGGACUUGGAGUGUUAGUGGACGAUCUUUCUUUAUUAUACAAUGCUGGAACACAAACAGAUAUAUGGGUAAUGUUGAAGGAAUCCUGGACAAAGGUUUUCUCAAUUUCUUAUUAUCUUGGUGGUAUUACUGAUCUUGCUCCUUUCUGUAGUCAAGUAGUUGCCCCAUUGCGGAAUGGUGAAAUUCUGUGUGUCCGGGAUUCAUACUUGUUACUUUACAAUCCAAAGACUAAUGCAUCAAGGAGAUUUCUACAUAUUGGUAAUUUUGGAUUUGGAGAAGGGAUGACCCAUGGAUACUUCCUGUUUGGAAAUGUUUCGUUGUCUGUUGAGAGCUUACUUUCGCCUAAUGUGCAUGACAUAUAA